AUGGAUUUGGACAUCUUGAGUUGGAAUUGCAGAGGCAUAUGCAAUGACACCACAACUAGGGCUCUGAAAGACUUGAUCUCUCAGAAUCGGCCUCAAAUCGUUUUCUUAUGUGAGACAAAGAUAAGCACACAAGGGGCUUUCCAAGCGCUGCAUAGGGCAUUAGGGUUUGUACACUCGGAGGCUGUGUUAAGUGAUGGUCAAUCUGGUGGCCUAGGGCUAUUCUGGAAUGACGAUGUGAAUAUAAGGAUGGGGACAACGACGGUGGAAAGAGAUAGGUCAUGGCAGUUGUUGAAGGAUUUGGCUGAUCUGGAUUCCCUUCCUUGGGUGGUAAUAGGAGAUUUUAACGAAUUCUUAAAUAGUGGUGAGAAGAUUGAUGGUCCGCUCAGAUCAGAACGUCAAAUGAGAGGCUUUCAUGAGGCCUUGGGGCACGGGGAUCUACUGGACCUAGGGUUUCAGGGUACCAAGUCAACGUGGUGGAAUUCUGAGACAAAGUUGAGGCUAGAUCGUGCAGCAAGUACAGUUCCAAUUCCAAAUCGUCAACGAAUUCAUAGGUUCAAGUUUGAAGCUUUUUGGCUCCAACAUCCGAACUGUGAUGCGUUGGUUAAGGAAGCUUGGGCAACUGAUGUUAUGGGAGUUCCCAUGUUUGUGGUCACCCAGAAGAUUGCUCAUACGAGAAUGGUACUGGACAAAUGGCAAAAAGAUAGUUUUCGAGCUCGGCAGCAAUCCAUGUUGGGAAUUAGAGCUCGGCUUGAGGAGCUUAUGGAUGGUCAGUCAACUGAUGCAGUGCAACUUGAGAAGCAAACCCUAAUGAGUAGGUUACAGAGUUUGCUAUCUCAGGAGGAAAUUUUCUGGCGACAACGGUCAAAGGUUCAAUGGCUGAAGGAGGGAGAUCGCAACACAAGUUUCUUCCAUCGAAAAGCUUCCAAUAGGAGGAGGAAAAAUUUGAUUCAGGGUUUAUAUGAUGAAGAGGGUACGUGGUGUGAGGAUGAUGCCAGAUUAGAAAGGGUAGUCUCUUCAUAUUUUACCAAAAUGUUCACAGCUUCGGAGUUGGAUUUUGAGGCCAUGGAGACCACUCUUGCUGCCAUACAACCUCGUGUGUCUACGGAGAUGAAUGCGCAGUUAUGUUUACCAUAUACUGGGGAGGAAAUAAAAUGUGCCCUAUUUCAAAUGUAUCCCACCAAAUCACCCGGACCGGAUGGGAUGCCUCCUAUUUUCUUCCAACAUUAUUGGGAGACAAUUGGUGAAGAUGUAGUUGAAGCAGUCCAAUCUUUCCUUCAUACUGGGAGAUUAAUUACUGAUAAUAUCCUUGUAGCAAAUGAGAUGGCUCACUUUAUACAUAAUAAGAGGGAAGGGUCAGAGGGUUUCAUGGCAUUGAAGCUAGACCUCAGUAAAGCCUAUGACCGUAUGGAAUGGGUGUUUCUCCGUAAGUACGUGGUAAACCACGAGGUCGAUCUUGUGACUCCUUCACGGGGAUUGCGACAAGGAGAUCCCUUAUCUCCUUACUUGUUUCUCAUUGGUGCUGAGGGAUUUUCUGCGUUAUUGCAACAGAAACAACGACUGGGUUUACUACCUGGGAUUGAGAUUUGUAAUGAUGUUCCUGUUGUUAACCAUCUUCUUUUUGCGGAUGACAGUAUGUUGUAUGCCAAUGCUACUCUGGAGGAUUGCUAUCAGAUACAUGAGGUGCUUGAAAUAUAUGGGAGGGCUUCAGGGCAAUUGGUGAACUUCAAUAAAAGCUCAAUUGUUUUCAGCAAGAAUGUCUCUGUAUUUGUGCAAGAAGAGGUUGCUAGUCUACUAGGCAUGGAGGUAGUGGAGUCUCACGAGAAGUACCUGGGAUUACCAACUUAUGUAGGCCGGAAAAAGACUGCAACUUUUCAAUACAUUAAAGAGAACCUAGCCAAGAAACUGAUGAAUUGGCAAGGUAAAUUAUUAAGUGGGGCGGGGAAGGAUAUUCUCAUUAGAGUGGUUGCUCAAGCUUUACCAACGUAUGCCAUGAGUGUUUUCCAACUUACGAAAUGUUUCUGUGAAGAUUUGGAACAAAUGCGUGCAAGAUUCUGGAGGGGAAGCACUUUAGACAAAAGGAAAAUCCAUUGGAAGUCUUAG